AUGACUCUGUCAGUCCACGAUGCAGUCACUUCAUGGACUGAAAGUGUUAACACUCAAAACUUUACAGUUUGCGUCAUGCAGACAGGAAGGAACAGUGGAGAGAGCUUUAAUCCCUUCGCGACAGUUGAUUGGCUGGCUUACCAAGGAGCACCACCCAAUGGAAUGACGGGAAGGAUUAAGAUGCAAAUCUGGUGGUCUGGUACGAAAUGUGCUCAUGUGGUUUAUCCCAAGGUAAAGGAAACGUCAAAAUGAGCCUGUGCUGACAAAUAAUGUUUAACGAUUGUGUGUUCCUUUGUAAAUAGGAUGACGGCGUAGAGGUCUGUUCCGACCCUAAAUUUCUAAUGUCUAGUUUCUUCACUCUUUACAGAAUAAGUUCAAGGAAACACCUAUAGUUCUCGUGACCGCAGAACACUUGAGGACUGGAAAGGAGUAUGAUGCAUCCCUAAUAUGGACAGAAGAUCCAAAUAAGGACUCAUUUAAAGUCUGUCUUCGUGAAAUGCAAAACUUUGAUGGAAAACAUGAAGACAUUACCGUGGUAUGUUUGAAAAUCAUAUUGUUAUUAAAAGCAGAAUAAAAUAUUGGUGUCAGGGGCGAGAUUGCAACCUCGGAAAAUGCGAGAAGGUUUCAGUGCUCCUAUGAUGUGACAUGCAUUGGAUACUGCACUAAUGAAUAUAAGCAAGAAAAGGAAAGAUACAAUCUAAACUGUCAUUGAUUUUGAUGCUGUUUAAUAAUAUUGUUGUAGAGUUGGCUGGUAUUUGUUGAACUAAGCAAACCGUUCUUCACUGAAGGUGAUUCUGUCGGAUUUUUAAACACGAAGCCACCAAAAGACGAAGAUAACAACGCUUAUUGCCAAGUAAGUGAAAAAAGGAAAACGUCGAUGAAAUGAAAUAUAAAAAUAAAAUUAAAAAUACACAUUUUAUGUCACGAGACAUUGUUAAGAAUUCUAAUUAUUAUUUUUUUUAAUGGCAGUUCGUGAAGUUUGAAAGAAGCUAUAACACAACACCCUCAGUGUUACUUACAGCCAAUCAUAGCAGCACGGCUCCUGGAAACUCCGCACCAAUUCACUACGGGAUUACAACAUGGAUCGAGGUACCAAAAAUAACAACAGAGGAUCAUGGACGUCCCAAGACAAAGUCUUGGUUAAAAAAAUAAAUCUGAUAGUUUUUAAGGGCAAAAACAAAACUCUGCCGAAAAGGUCCACCAUGACAAGAAUCGGUGCUCGUUACGUUAAAUCAUAUUAUUGACAUCAUUCUUUCCGGCGCAAAUCACGGGCAGUAAUUAAGGUUACGUAAGAUUGUGUAGGGGCUUCUAGUCCUCCGCAGUUUCCCGUUGGGAUUCUGAUAAAUUUUUGUUUAAAAAAAGGGUAAGCGCGAGUGACGAUUGGAAGAGGGAAAAGCGGCUUCCCACCGUCCCUGACAAGCAAUAUUUAAAAAAAAAAGUUUUAAUGAUCAAGUUAGCUAGCUGCAAUCCUUUUUUGCAGAACGUGAACGCAACAGGCUUCAGGGUGUGUUUGAAGGAGUUGUACGAAACCAGAUACGAUCCCGUGUCAGUGAAUUAUGCGGUUCUUUCAGGUCAGUUAAUACGAAAAAUACCACAUCUUAAGACGUGGCCGUUUUACUGAGCAAACUAUCAUGUCUUGAUUAGUAGCAGUGUUACAUGAUUCCACGUGCACAGAUGUCACGUGGAAUCAUUGCUUAGCCAUUUUUCAUAUUUAUUCAGGGAUAUAAGAAGGCGUUUACCCAUUCUGGUGUUGUCUUACUUUGCGUAAUUUUGCUAUGUAUGACCUCUGGCUUACCUCAAUGUAGCCAUCUUUUCUGUUGGUGGAUAAAGUCUCCAACAGGUAACAUACAUAACUGUCAGCGUUAGCCAGUAGCCAUUACCGAGCUUAAGGCCAAAUCUUAAACUUUACUUUUCCACAGAUAUCUGUGAUCCUGGGUGGAGCUAUUUCAAUGGAUUCUGUUAUUUGACUAGUGAAAAAUGCGUCAAUUGGACAACAACUCUCACCAAAUGUCGUCAGGAAAACUCGGUCCUUGUUGAUGUUACCAACGAUGAGGAAAAUGUUUAUAUUCAACAUCGCCAUAAUGGAGAAAAAUCCUGGCUGGGCCUGAAUGACAUCACCACGGAGGGUAACUUCACUUGGGCAGAUCGCGGUGAGGGGAACUUUACAGCCUGGGCGAAAAAUCAACCCAAUAAUUUUAAUGAAGAAGACUGUGUGCACGCACUUGGUUUGAGAUACAACUACGAAUGGAAUGACGUGAAGUGUGGUGAUUGUCAUCAGUACACUUGUAAGAGAGGUAGGAUGGUAAAAUGUUUUUAUUCAUUCAGUGUUUUAAUGGUCUUUUCUUAAUGGCCAGAUAUUCUACCUUUUUUGUUCAUGCAAAUCCCACUUUCUUAAAAACGAACAACGAGCAACUUGACCGGCUCAUCAAUGAGCGAAUGCCAAUAGGAGUCUGCAAGGAUAAAGAAAACGUUUUCUUGUUUUCUACUCCAAACCGAAGCCUCUUUGUUUUUUGUAGACAGCCCGAAAGCUUUUAUGCUUCCCUUGAAAGUUGCUUCUUUAACUGUUAAGUAGAAAAUUAUAUAAAAAAUCCAAUACGCAUUAUGCCAGAUCCCGGAUAGCAAAAUCUCAGCCAAUCCGGCCUUUGGUGUCUACCGUAAACUGUCGCUUAUUAUCCCGGGGCUUAUACAUCUUCGUAAGGGGUUUUAGGAGGGCUUAUAAACGGAGAGGCUUAUAUCCGAGGGGGAUUAUAACCAGAAUAGAAAAAUCGCUUCGAAACAAGAUAUAGCAGUGCUGAUCAAAAUACGUUUUGCAUUGACUGGUGUUCAAUUAAGCUUUUAAAAAGGUCAUAACUUAUCGAAUUCAGAGGGGGGCGAGGAUAAGAAGGGGCGUUUAUCGAGGGAGCUUUGAAUCAGAUGUAUUUUUUUGUUCACAGGUAGAUGGGCCGUAAAUGGGGGAGAGCUCAUAAGUGGGGGGCAUUUAUUAGCGGCCGUUUACGAUAAUUAAAUAUCUCAGUUGGUAGGAUACGCGAGAAUUUUCAUAUCAAAGUAGGUUAGUACGUCGUCUUUCGUCUCGACUUGAACAAUAAGCCAUCAAAUCCGCGUUACUUUCAGAAGAGUUCAAUAAAUUUCUUUAAAACGCCUUGGUAUAAUCAUUCGUAAGUAUAGUUCUAUGCUACGGGAAUAACGAUCAGCAGUUCGAGGAUAAAUCACCGUCUUAAUGUAUCCAUCCUUUACGAUUUAAUGGUACAAAAACCGACAACACCAAUUGUGAAAUCGCAAAAAUCUUAGGCAUCCUACGGCUCAGGCCACUUAGCUUAAAGGUCAAAUGAACCAAAAUUUCGACCUUUUUUAUUUUAGUUCAAUUCUAGUGAAAUGUGUUUAAUAUGAACCAAAUAAACAUACUAUGAAGUUUCAGCUCAAUUGAAGCGAGCAUCUCCGAGAUAUUUGCAAUUAAAACUUGCUAUUUUUUGGCCCUUAUCUUCGUAGAGCGGUCGGAAAAAUUGUCGGAAAAAACAGUUUGUGACGUCAAUGUUGGUCAGGUGAAAAAAAGCGGGAAAUUCUAAACAGAGUUUUUCGAGUCGACUUGGCGCAGAAAUGGUUUGUGCGGCCAUAUACCUGGAUAGAACAGGCAAUUUGUCUUCAAAAGUUGCAAGUUACGGUUAUAACCUUCUUAUGGUUUAAUUUUCUCGAAGAAUACAUCAUAGUAAAACGGACUUUAACGACAUUUACUAAUUUCCUUGAGUUGUACUGGAAAUGUACGUGCGUAAGUCCGAUUUUUUUCAAGAUGCAUUCGCAAAAAUGUGUUCAUAUAAGGAAUUUCCUGGAUAUAUAAGGUCCGGAGCUCCAUCGUGGACACAAAAACAAAAUGUCUUUGUAUAAUAAUCUGCCCAAAGACAUUCAAGUUUGCCCACAAUGUGUUUGAAGUCACUGAACUUUGUCGCACUCGAGCUGAUAUUUUAAAACCCACGCUCGAUCGGACACUUCUAGCUUCGCAGAUCACUAAAAUAUAAACAAAAACCUCAAUGUAGCAGUUUUGGCGUUGAUAUGUGGGCAGAAAAAGAGUUAAUCAUUAUCUAGUAAAUCUUCCCCAAGAUCGGUUUCAAAGCAACCAUUGUUCUUUAAACUUGAUCGCUUUGUGUUGUCAAGUUGAACAUGCAUAACUCCUGUCAAAAACCUACGCGUAAGUAAGAUUUACUUCAAACAAAGUUAAAGUUGCAUUAUUGCAAAAACUUCCUUCCAAUUAUGUAUAAGAUUUAAUUACUGAUUGAGGUCACUUUAAGGACCAUAGGCACCACUUUAAGCUGGCAAAGAGAUGCGACAAGCAAAGAAUAAUUCCAUCAUGCAUAAAAUUCAGCUUAAGUGAUUUAAAAAAACUUCAAUAAGGUUGCAAAACAACAAAUUUUCAUUAAAAAAACAUAAGGCUUAAGGCUCUUAUACCUGCUGACAAAGAAGAAGUGAAUUUUCUGUACGGAAACAACCUACCUAAAGAUUGCAAGAUCUUAAAAGCAAAAGAUCAGUUGCAAGCUUCGCAGCCAAGCCUUGAUUCCGACUACUUAGCUAGAUUAGCUACUUUUAAUAACUGGUCCAUGCGAGGAUCUUCGAUUCAUUCAAGCAAAUUAAACUCAGCAAACUGAAUCAUUAGAAAAUACAGAAAACUGCACAUAAGGAUUUGUUUUGCUCGCUUCAGUCAAAUCCAGCUCCAGCAAUUGUUUACGGGCAAAUAGUCGAUUGUUUUGGAGUCCGCUGCCGGCAGUUGUCGUUCUCCGCUUUCACAGCGAGUGAAAGCAAAAUUUACGUACAGAAAGAUGACAAAACUAUGUAAUUAAAACUGAAAAAACUAAACGAAAAAAACUCUGACUAUUAUUACUUGAGCAACAGAAAAAUGAUCGAAGUAGUCUUUUCUUCUCAAGUAAGCUUGCUGGCCUUCUAAAGUUCCGAGAAAGUUAUUAAAACUUAAAAGCUUAAAAGCGCACAAGGUUGUUCACUCGCAUGCGUUAGCCGUUACGGUUCUUUGACUGAAGACAAGGAUAAAGCUGGUUCUGCAAAGGUAAAUAAAUCUGGGCAUGUAAAAAAGGUAACCAGAACUACUAAUAACAGAAUACAAGCAGGUUUUAAUUCAACCCGGCGAAAGAACGCGAAGCACUGGACACAAAAUCAACUCACAAAUCGAAUGCACAAUUAUCAGAAAAAUACAAACCUGUUUGGAAAUGUUCAAAACGUUUUAAUCCACCUGAGACUGACGGAAUGACCUGUUUUUACUCUUACAUUGGUUGUUCUGAAUCCAAAGUAAUUUUCAAGUGACAAAAAAACAACAACAACGAAAACAAACAAAAAAAGCCUUUACAAGGAGCAAACGUUCGCACUCGUGUAUUUCAUUCACUCAGUCAGAACUCUCACAGAACGAGACAAACAAACGCAGGUGAUAAGGGAUGCGCAGAAGCUUGCGCAGAACGUUUUUCCGCCCUGAAAGACCAAGAUUGACGUCACGUAGUCUCCAGUCUAUCACGCGGCCAUUUCAGAACGUUUUCGUGAAGUCUUCGGAAAUUCUCGGAUUUUGAUCUUAUUUCUAUAAAGGCUUGGGAAGAAAAAUCUUUACCCAAAUCUCACUUAGGAUGGUUCUUUUUAGUGUUUGGUGAAGGUAAAGCGACAAAAGAAAAUAUGUCAAUUUUUUGGUUCAUUUGACCUUUAAGGCAUGACUGUCUAAUUAAAUAUGCAUAUUUUGAUAAAAAUUGAACCACAAAUGUAGCUUAAUGGCCUUAGUAAUAUGAGUGCGUUUUAGAAGCUCAAAUUUUCGUCACGUGACUGAUAAUUGAGAAUCUACGGUCAAAAUAUUUACUCUAAAAUGGGGAAAGGAUAAUGAAAGAGCAACAAGUUCUUUUAGGUACAUUUCAGAGGCUUUUUUAAAAGGUUCCUAUAAGUGCGCCUUGUAUGUGUUUAUAUAGGAAUCGGUAAAUAAAGGGAAAAGGGUCACGUGACUUAUUAAUUAACUAAAUAGCUAAUAGGAUAAAUAACAUUUCCAAUCAUACAUUUGUACAAGGCGAAUUUACGAUUUACACUGUUUAUGUAACAUUUUGGUAGUGAAAAUUCCUAAGAUUAAGGUUUGCAACCCUUCCCCGUUUAGGAAAACGUGUUUUGUGACGUCAUUGACGAAGUGAUGUCACGUGUUAUUUAAAAUCACGUUUCACGUGUUUUUUUCGUAGUUCACUUUUCAGGAGCACUGAUGGAAGCAAACCGUUCUAAUUAAAUAGCAUUUACUAAAAUAUGCAUAUUUAAUUAGGUAGUCAUGCCUUAAUUAAGUGGCCUGAGGGAUAAUUAGUUCCGACGGAUGUUCCAAGAGCAGCAAUUGUCUAUAGCCCAUCCUCUUCAUAUUUUGUUGCUAACGAAUGUGACAGUGACAGGUAUGACACGCCGCGAGGUAUAUAGGUAAGCGCAGUUCUGGUUAUGUAGGAAUGUCAGUUUAGAAAAUUUAUAGAGAACUACUUUUGGUGUUUCAACUGAGUUCCCGUUCGUCCGAACCACUUCCUUUUCCGCCCUCAUUUGAAUACACGAUUGGGCCUUAAGAUUAGGUGUGUACAAAGGCAAACAAUAACAAAAAAAUCUUUGUCUACAGCAUGCUGAGUGUUCACCUACACCAAAAAACCGCCCUGGUUUUUAUUUUGUAAUUUCAAAAAUGAAUCAUUUGUAUUUAUUUAAAAUUGUUAAUUAUUUGUUUAGAUUUCAAUGAGUGUGAAAAAAAGACAUACAACUGUCACCCGCUUGCUACAUGUGUGAAUGAACCUGGAUCUUAUUCAUGCAAGUGCAAGCCUGGGUACGUUGGAAAUGGACAUAACUGUCGCCAUCCAACGCCGAGAUCCUGCUCUGAAAUCCGGAAUUACGUCAGCACAGUCAGCAAGAAGUAUGUCAUUGAUCCAGAUGGUGAGGGAGGUCUGGCACCUUUUACUGUGUACUGUGACAUGACCGACAAGAAGGGUGUUGGCGUGACAGUCAUCAGUCACGACAGUGAGAGCAGGACAAAUGUGAAAGGAUAUGAAGAUAAAGGCAGUUACAAACGUGACAUUCAUUACAAAGGAGCGAGUCUGUCUCAGCUGGCCAGUCUCACCAGUGUCUCUUCACAUUGUGAACAGUUCAUCAAGUACGAGUGCUACCACUCAGGUCUCUGGUUUAACAGUCCAUACGGAUGGUGGGUGUCGCGUGAUUCUUCUAAGAUGACAUAUUGGGGUGGAGCGUCUCCUGGAAGUGGUAAGUGCGCAUGCGGGAUGAAAAACUCAUGCGCAGCAAAACAACGCUGUAACUGUGAUGCAAAUGACCAAGUAUGGCGUGAAGACAGCGGUUUCCUGACUGACAAGACAAAGCUUCCAGUAAAACAACUCAGGUUUGGUGAUACUGGUCAUAAGGUAUAUAAGGAGAACGGUUACCACACUCUGGGAAAAUUUAAGUGCUAUGGCACAGCAUAA